AAUCUCUAACGAUUUUCAACUUUAACAUUGACCUCCAAAGAGUGGCCUGCAACUCAUCCCCAAUCUCUCUCAUAGAUAGACUGCGUCCAUCCCAUCGGAGUAGAAAUCAUGUGGGGAUCCAGCACGAUCAGCUUAGCCUCUGACAACCCCUCUCCACCAAACCCUAAAUUCCUUCCGAUUUCCUUGUAAUCCUUCAUUUUUCUUGGCUACUAGUUUCAACCACUGAUAGAUGGUAAACCUUUCCAAUUGUCUCUGGAUGAGCUAUACCGGAAGAUUUCUAUGGUCGUCUGGGGCCUGGACACGUGAUCAUGCGCUUGCGUAUUUGCUCGACUCGUGUUUUUACAUGGUUGUUUGGUAGAUAUUUAUAUCAUUUAAGUUUUAUGUGGUUGGUUUCGUCCAAGGACUUGCUGUGGAAUCCCGGACGGAUGUGUUGGUCGAUGGCGUGCCCGUAAUUGGUGGUAAAAUACGUCCCCGUUACUUAAUUCAUCUCCUCGGUUGGUUUGAACCAGAACUUGCUUCUUACAUGGCAAAAAGCGCCAAAAAUCGCCGCAGACUUCUAUCACGCAAGUUCCGAUCAACUCCCUAUCCCACUUCGUCCUCAUACUUCUCCAAUUCUUGCGAACCAUGUAACCUGAAAAGACCCAUAGUCUCAGAAACCAAGGACUGGGAGGAAUCCACCUGUUCCGUCUGCAUGGAAUUCCCACAUAAUGCCAUUCUCCUGCUAUGCUCUUCCCACGACAACGGCUGCCGUCCUUACAUGUGCGGAACCAGCCAUCGCCACUCCAACUGCCUGGAACGAUUCAAGAAGGCUUCAACAAAACUUAGAUGCACUAAUUAUGAUUCCAUGGGGGACAACACAAUCAGCCUUUUCGAGCUUUCAUGCCCUUUAUGUCGAGGGCAGGUGAAAGGAUGGACCGUCGUCGAAUCCGCUCGCAGGUAUCUGAACGAUAAGACGAGAAGCUGCAUCCAGGACGAUUGUUCUUUUGUUGGGACAUAUAAGGAGCUCAAGAAGCAUGUGAAGUCUGAUCACCCGUGUGCGAAGCCUCGAGAAAUCGACCCUGAGAUGGAGGAGAAAUGGAGGGCGCUCCAACUUGAGAGCGAACGGCAGGAUGUUAUAAGCACGAUAAUGUCGUCAGUGCCGAGAUCGGUGGUGUUUGGUGACUAUGUUAUUGAGAUGGCUAAUAGUGCAGGCGAGGAUGAGGUCGGCGAUGAAGAUCGCUUCCGGCUUAAUAGGAAUAUAUUCUCGGUCUUGCGGGAAGGGGCUCGUCUUGUGAGGCUUCAGUGGGAUAAUGCCAUGCAAGGGAUUGGUGGAUUUGAUGCUCCGGUGAAUGGCAUCGGUGGUGUCUCGGAUGUGGUUACGGCCGGCGGUCAAUGGAGAGGUGUGGAUGUCUCGAGGGCCGAGAGGCGAAAUAGGAGGCGGAGGAGGAGUCGGGGCCCAUCUCGGUUGGAUGCAAGCUGAAGAACGUCAAGACGUUCGCAUGUCUGGACACCGAUCGCCAUGUCGCCCGUCUUCAAGGUGUAUGACAACUUAAUAUUUUUCUCUAUGGGGAUCUGCAGAAGUUUAAAUAGGAAAUGAUUUGAAUGGCAGGUAUUUGUGGUUUAUGAUCGAUUCUGUUUGGAUCAAGUUGCUGGUGCACAUGGUAGAGUGGGGCAUGGUUGAUGAUUCUUUGUUUAGAUGUAGUUCUUUUGUAACUAAUGUAUAUACAUUGAUUUGGAAAUUUAACAUUUGGCUUAACAUAAA